AGAUCGUUGGAGUGGGGAUGAUCGAUACAUAGAUCAAAGUGAUCAAACAGGCCGUGCGUAAUUCUCAGUCGGUCAAGCGCCGUUUCAAAGAAAAGAUGGGAUGUACAUUUUAUCUUAUUGCCCAACGAUCCUAAAUAGAAUAAUAAAUCGUCAUCCUUUAACGAGAUACACUUCGAAGAAAUGACCUCGCGACUUAACAAUACCUAAGUUCGAAUAAAUCUAAAAUGAAAUUAAAACUUACAAAUUUCGAUAGAAGUGUACGUUUGUACACGCGAGAGGCAAUGCUUCGCACUGCGAACAGAAACAGUCGACUGCAUCGGUACGACAUCGUCAGCCGAGGGUGCAUACCAUCGUAAUUCGUACAAGGGGUAGUUUCGUCGGUAAAGUCGCCGUGGCAUCCCUAAAGGGAAGCAAGCGGAGCGCGCGUGCGAAGGGUGGUAAAAUUUGUCAAAGAACGGGUCUCGGAACGAUGGAGCGAGACGAACGGAGCGGAUCGCGUCUCUUUCUGUUUCUGUCGCGAGAAAGGGAAGGAGGAAGGAAGGAAGGAAGGUGGGCCGUCCCGUGACCGGUGGCCAUGAGACGGCACGAUAUAAUAUUAGGUAGGCGAGGUGGUCCCUGGCAGGCAGCUGGGGAUCCGUAUGCGAUAGGCGGACGCGCAGCAGGAUGUCCGUAACCCGAACCAAUCUGGUCGCGACAGGCGACGUGGUGCAACCCCGAGCAAGCGUCGAACCGUCGGGACGACGACCCAAUGGAAUCGUGCGGGUACGUUGAUUGGCGUGGUGCACCCAAUGGGAGAAUGGUUAGGGUUACCCGGGUACGGUCCGGAGGUCGGUUGGUGGUGGCCCCGCACACCCCUCCGCCUGCCGGCCGACCGAGAGGGAGCCCUUCUCUCACACGCAAAAGGGGACAUCUCAUCACGACUCUUGGUAGCAGGCACUUCUCCGUAGUGGGCACUCCACUCAUCGUGUCGUCGUACGGGUUCUCCGCGAGAGGCUGUGGGGCCCGAGCCCGGACGAACGAACGAACGAAGGAACGAGCGAGCGAGCGAGCGCGACCGGCCGAGCCGCUGGUCGAGUGGGUCUAAGCGGCCGUGAGGACCUCUCCAGUACCCGACAGUCCUCUUCAUUCAUUCAUCCAUCCAUCCAUCCAUCCAUCCAUCCAUCCAUCCAUCCAUCUAUCCAGCCAGCGAGCCAGCCAGCCAGGGAACCAGCUAGCCAGCCAACGAGCCAGCCAGCGAGCAAGCAAGCAAGCAAGCCAGCAAUCCACCGAGCCAUCCAUCCAUAGACGCUCUCUCCUCUCCUACGGAGAGAGAGUGUAUCCUCGGCGAAGGUGGAGGCGAACCGUAGAGUGGUACAUCUACCAUCGUCUCUCUAUCGGCACAGUCCAAGGACUCGAAGACCCCUCGGGUGAUUUCAGUCGGCCGCCGGCCGGCUGUGGCCGGCCACUCUCCUCGACCACGUGUGUGUGCUACCCCUUCGUGCUCGUCUUCGGUAUCGUGCCGUGUCGUGACGUGACGUGUCGUCCCGUGCCGUGCCAUGCCGUGUCGGUGACGUGACGAAUCGUGUCCUCGGCUGUUCCGCGCGUCGUCUAACCACGGACUUCAGGGGCCGGCCGGAUCGGAGUUGUAUGCGCGCGCGAGAGAGAGCCCUUCUUACGGAGAGACUCUUCCGGUACGCCGCUACCACCGAGGUAGACGAGUAGACGUUGCCAGCAUCGUAAAGUCGUCGGCCUUGACCAUCGGCGAGCGAUCGCUCUCAAGGGUGACUGUGACCCCGUUCGAACGGACGAUGACGCGGUAUCGUCGCUGGACGCGUCCGCAAGCAGUCGAACUCGUCGGUACCGACGCGAUGGACACGUUUCGUGAAUUGCGUCGAGUCCAGUGAUACAACCGUCCAUGAAACAUACUGCCUGGAACGAUGAACCGAGACCGAAGUAUUCGUCAGUGACCUUAGGAUUGUUCGUGUCCCAGUGUAUCAUUCGAUGAAUCUGACAAAGUGCACCCGUUUCAAGCCGUGGCGAGUGAUGCGUUCCUGAAACGGUUCAAGUUUUUGUAAACGGCUCGAUUUGUAAACGGACCAGAAGUGAAAGAGAACGAUAAAGGAAGUGCGCGGCGACGGGCGGUGAGUAAUUACGGUAAAACGAUACGGGGCCCUGUGCGAAGGGCGUUCUUCGGUCAUGUCGGUAUCCCAGGGCUAGCGCCGGCCUCAGGAUUCCGCGAAGCGCGAGCUUCAAGUACUUCGAGGGCGCGGGCCUCGUCGAGAUGAGCGGUGGCAGCGGCAGGAACAGCGCCGGCAACCAGGGGAACGGCAAUGCCACCAGCUAUCACCAACAUCAGCAGCAGCAACAGCAACAACAGCAACAGCAACAACAACAGCAGCAGCAGCAGCAGCAGCAAACGCAGCUGGAGCAAGCUAGCUUGCUGACAGAUCUAAACGGUAUCGACCUGGCGAUGAGCCUCUCGCCCAAACAGCACUCGUCACACGUACAAGCCGCUGGUGGCGCUCAUACCACACCGUUUAGCGUAACGGACAUUCUCUCGCCCAUCGAUAACGAGUCCUUCAGGAAGCUGGAACAGGUGAUCGGCGUCGGCGUGGUUACGCACUCUCAAGUUUCGCCUUACGGAAGCGCGUGCGGUGCCCGUGUCGGCGGGAAUACCGGGAGCUCGAGCGCGAGCAGCGGCAGUCCACCCCUUCACGGAGACUCGACGCCCGGUGGCGGCACACCCGGACCGGUUUCCGGUCCGAACGACGCCGCCGGAGGAGGCAGCAGUGGUGCCGGUGCCGGCCCAGGCAUGACCGCCAUGGGCAAUCCUUACGCGACCAUGCAGCUUACCUCUCAAUAUCAAUACUGUGCCGCGGAAUUGUCGUACCAUCACGCGGGGCCCGCGGUCGCUGGAUCAGCGACCGCCACCGAUCCCAUGAGGCCGCAUCAUCCGUGGUACGCGCCCGGACCUCCGGCCACCAACGAUCCCCGAUUCGCCAUCUCGCGACUGAUGGGCGCCGCGGCGGCGGGCGCCGGGACCAACAUGGCCGGUUGCUCGGUGAGCCAGUCAAUGAGCGACGUGACGAAGUCGUCGGGCAUGGGAAUCAGCGGUGUUCCACCGUCUUUCCCCCCGUUCCCCCACCUACAGCAAAGACGAAAGCGUCGCGUUCUGUUCACUCAGCAGCAGGUUCACGAGCUCGAGAGGCGGUUCAAACAGCAGAAAUACCUGAGUGCGCCUGAACGGGAACACCUAGCCGCCAUAAUUCACCUUACGCCCACCCAGGUGAAAAUAUGGUUUCAAAAUCACCGUUACAAGUGCAAGAGGCAGGCGAAGGAGAAAGCUAUGGCCGAACAAAACGCUCAGAACCAGAGCGCGAGUUCGCCGCGACGUGUGGCCGUUCCCGUUUUGGUGAAGGACGGAAAGCCUUGCGGAAGCGGAGGCGGUGGCGGCAACGAGGGCAGCCGCGGCGGACCGAGCGCGGCCUUGGCGAGUCCAGCCCCUCAUAUGACGACAGCCUCGAGUCCUCACGGAUCUCAUCACGCGGCCUCCUCGGUCUCCCAUCACUCGGUGGUCGGCGUCGGCCACGUGAUGACGUCCAGCCAGAGCCUCCAGCAUUGUUCGUACUCCAGGACCGGCGGACAGCAGAGCAUGCAGCAGCAACAGCAACCGCAAUGCGGCGCGUACCUGCCGUUCCAGGGUCGGACCUGGUAGUACAUGCCAUCCGCGGCGGGGGUCAACCCCUCCGUCGCAGGUCCAGCCGCCUGGUACCCCACGGAAGACAGCCUUUAGAGUACUCCGAACAAUUACUCGCAAUACUCGCGGUUCAGAUCUAUGGAACUCGAGCCAGGAGGAAGCAUCUUUCCCUGGUGACGAACGGGUCAAAUGGAAACCACGAAAUCGAGGAACGGAGGACACUGUCUUACCCUGGUGACGAAUAAUUACCACGGAUGCUGGAUUAAUAGAGACUCGGUGACACCGCGGAUACGUUUUAAACGGAAACAUUACCGCGAAGGUGGACUGGUUGUUUCUAUUUGCUAAAGGGAGACGCUGCGUGGACCGCAGCUAAUUUAAAAUUAGUGCUCGCUCUCUAUUAUCGGAGAAGAAGGGUUCGAAUAUUGCUCGUGCAUUUGGACCAGUCUCGAAGUACUUACAUCCGACAAAAUUCGAGGUGACUGAAUUUCAUUGAAAUUCCUGUGAGACGAUCGCAUGACUGGAAAUGAGGAUUUUAUGAAGCGACUGAUGCCACGACGCUUGUGAAGCACACUAGGCUAGCAAAACAAGGACGAAACCCUGACUCGACGCUUUCUCAAUUCGAAUCUCGUUAAUUUCUCCGUACAAAGGAAUAAGUCCGUUUGAAAUAUUUCAAUCGCGCAAGCAAUGCCGGAACGGGUCGAAGGUAACAAAUCUUGUUGCACUCGCAGUGCAACGGAUUGCGCUCGUACUCGUGUCGCGUGUCGAUUCCAAUUUCGAGAAACCGUACACCGGCCGCCCGCGCUGCGUGUGACACCGGAGACUCUCAUUCGCGACACUGUCCAACUUGCAACACAGUGCAACAAAUGCGCGGUACACGGUAUGUACUAUGUACGUAUAAUCGAAGGGGACUCGAAUUGCCGGUUGCUAACUUUUGUUUCAACGAAACUGUCAAAGUAGAUUGGCGCGCAGCUAAAUUUUCAAUCAACGAUUUGAUUUUUACCGCGUCCGAGGGAAGUCAGGGAAACAUUACACUUUACGAUUUCCGCCGAUUUCGUCUUCGGAUUCAAAGGAAACGGAAUCUAUUCUUUGGUGAAAAUCAGCGGGACGUCGACCAAUCGACUGCCAGUAUAGGGUAGUCGCGAGCACGAAUCGAGCGAACUCGGUGUACUCUUUAAAACCGUGGCCGGAUUCGAAAAGAGGGCGAUGAACGAAGGUGACGUGAAAGGGGCACCCGACUUACGACUUACACAACUAUACCGUUUAGAUCCGAAGCGGAUUAAUCGAGCGAGCAGCGUGGCGCGCGGUACUCGCGCGCCCGCCGGCUUACAGUUUCACGAUUCGUUCAAUUGAACUCGACUCGGGAUUCACCGUUCCCGUCCAUUCCUUUUUCUCGUCGCCCGCGGAAACGGUGAAACCGUGUCGACCGACCGUGUUUCAGGACACGCGUGUACAUGUACAUAGCUAAAUAGAGAGAUGUAUAUUACCGCACGGCGUAUUUCUUUUCUCCUUCAGUUUUUUCAUUCUCUCGCGGAAUCGUGACGCGGUGCUCGCGGGUAGGAGGACGCGGGGAGAAUCGAUUUCGCGGCCCCGACUGCGACGUCGACCGCGAAAAACAAAAAAGAAAAAAGAAAAGGUGGUGUCGAUGCUGGUGCCGGAUGUGUGAAAGAGUCGCGCGAGAGAAAAGGCGGGUUCUGUGCGAUAACGAGGUCACAGGUGUGAAUCCGAUGGUGUAAAUAUAAGGCGUGAUACGCUGGUGUUUUUAGGCGCGCGCCCACGGAAUAAGAAUCGCGUGGAAACUCGGCCCGGUCUCGUGGAAACCCGGUGAAUUUUCAACUGUAAGCGAUUUAGCGAACUCGAGCAUUAUCGACGUUAAUGUAACACGUACAUCUACACGAGCACGCAGCCACGAACACACGUAAACACACAUACACAUACACAAACGUAAAAGUAUAACGAUUGACGAAAUAGCGAGUAGCGUGUGACGGUGAACAAAAUUAGAGAUUAUUACAAAGUUUUGUAAAUAACGACAGAGAUAUUAAUAAAACGAUACUCAUUCAAAAGAACGA